AAAUAUCCGGUUGAUUGGAGAAUGGGGUGCUUACUGUUACUGUGCCGAAGGAGGAAGUCAAGAAACCUGGUGUCAAGAAAGCUAUUGAAAUAUCCGGUUGAAUACGAUGCCUGUAUGUUUUCCUUGGUUGGCAAGCAUUUAUCUAUUUGUAAUCAAGAAUUCCGUGUCUUCUUAUGUUAAUAGCUGAAAAUCUUGGUGUCGUCCUUGUUUAUAUCUAAGUGUUCAAUGGCAAAUGAAGUGUAAUUUUGGCUUUCUAUAACCAUCCUACCGGUGAUUUCUAGCUUCUGUUCCUUUUUCUUUUUUCACCUUGUUCUUGAUGCUUAUAGGACAUUAUGGCUAGACAUGUUCGAAAAAUAAUGCUAAAGAAGCGGAUAGCUGUCAAUAUUCCUGUAGUCUGUCGUGGGCAUAGAAUGGAAUAAGACAGCGUUAAUAGUAGGAAAAAAAUGCAUACAAAUCUCUAUUGAUAACUGGUUCUUCAAUCGAGCCUAGGCCUGCAAAUUAUUCUACAUUACUCAGCAAAGCUUACAAUAUGGUAUGAUGUGUCUAAAUGCCCUCUUUGUGUUCAUAAGAGAAUUAUCUCUAAUUCCCUGUACGCGUUAGGGAUUCGCAAUCAACAGGUGUUAAAUUGCAGUUCUGAAUCAAUAAUGUAAUCCUGACCCAAUUUUGGGCCACAAAGCGGCAAGGUGGGUUUGGGCCUAACUCUGAAGACAAAGAAAUCUAUCUGAGCCCAACUCCAAGUGUUCCUCGUCUUCUUGGUGUCCGACGAAAUAGAAUUAUAGAACUAGGAAGUAGAAACCCUCAUCGAGCACAGCUUAAGCAAAUAAUGGCAACGGAGAACAAGCCGAAGUCCAGUGCUAGUGCUACUACCAACAGCAAGAAGAGAAAACAACGCUAUCUCCCUCACAAUAAACCAGUGAGGAAGAAGGGUUCCUACCCAUUACACCCAGGAGUUCAAGGCUUCUUUAUCACUUGUGAUGGGGGUAGGGAGCGCCAAGCCUCUCGCGAGGCUAUUAACGUUAUUGAUUCUUUUUAUGAAGAGAUAGCUUAUGUGAAGGAUACUAGUGUGAAGCUUGCAGAUUUGCCUGGUAAACCUACAAAUAAAAAGAUCAAGUUCUCAUAUUCUGACGAUGAAGGAGAUGACGAAGAGGAUGACAAUGAAGAGGAUGGGGAAGAUGAGAACAAAUCAGAAGCCCCUGAAGGCAAUGAUGCCCUGAAUGAUAAUCCUACAAACAAAAAGGUAGGAUCUCCUAGUGUAGAAAAUGAAAACAGUGAAAAUCAAACAGAAGAGAAGACUAAUCAAGAAGAGGGUUGUAAAAAUGAUGAAAAACAAGCAAAUGAAGCAGAGGAGCUGCCAGCGAAGAAGAAAUGCACAGAAACAUGUGCCCCAAAGUCUGUUGUCCAAGAAAAAGUGGAGGAGAAAUCCAUUGAUAGGCUUAUUGAGGAUGAACUCAAAGAACUUGGAGAUAAGAACAAGAGGCGCUUUCUUAGCCUUGAUUCUGGUUGUAACGGUGUUGCCUUUAUUCAAAUGCGUAAGAUAGAUGGAGACCCUUGUCCCAAAGAUAUUGUCCAGCAUAUAAUGACAUCUGCUGCGUCAACAAGGAAACACAUGUCCAGGUUCAUCAUAAGAAUGCUACCAAUUGAAGUUGCAUGCUAUGCUUCAGAAGAGGAAAUCUCAAGAGCGAUUGCACCAAUUGUUGAAAAAUAUUUUCCUGUGGAUACUCAGGAUCCAUUGAAGUUUGCAGUAAUGUAUGAAGCCCGUGCAAAUUCUGGCAUUGACAGGAUGAAAAUUAUAAAUUCAGUGGCAAAAUCUGUUCCUGGACCUCACAAAGUUGAUCUUGGCAAUCCCGACAAGACAAUUGUAGUUGAAAUUGUCAAGACUGUGUGCUUGAUCGGGGUUAUUGAAAAGUACAAGGAGCUGUCCAAGUACAACUUGAGGCAGCUCACAUCAUCGAAGCAGUAAUAGCCUGUGACAACUUAAAUGGAGAGGAAAGCGCAACUUGGAUCUGUUAUUUUUAGUUCGUAUUAAAUAGGGGCACGCUAACUAAAAUUUUGGUUCAAAUAGAACUUUUUCUUUCUUUCUUUCUCGAGCUCCUCGUGUUAAGAAUGUUCAUGACAUUGUUGCAAUAGCAUAAAAUAACCAGAAGACAUAAAAAUCCAUGUCGUGUUUUGUCUUCA